AUGAGCAGUCGCAAAAGCACCGCUUCCAGCUUGUUGUUACGACAAUACAGAGAACUGACAGACCCCAAAAAGGCCAUUCCUUCUUUUCAUAUAGAGCUGGAAGAUGAUUCUAACAUCUUUAUUUGGAACAUAGGUGUCAUGGUACUAAAUGAGGACUCUAUUUAUCAUGGCGGGUUUUUCAAGGCCCAAAUGAGGUUUCCAGAAGAUUUUCCCUUCUCUCCACCGCAGUUUCGUUUCACCCCAGCCAUCUACCAUCCAAACGUCUACAGGGAUGGUAGGCUUUGUAUUUCUAUUCUCCACCAAAGCGGGGAUCCUAUGACUGACGAGCCAGAUGCUGAAACGUGGUCCCCCGUGCAGACCGUGGAAAGUGUCUUGAUCUCUAUAGUGUCUUUAUUAGAAGACCCUAACAUCAACUCGCCUGCCAACGUGGACGCUGCUGUUGACUAUAGGAAGAACCCCGAACAGUACAAACAAAGAGUGAAAAUGGAGGUGGAGAGAUCGAAACAAGAUAUCCCUAAGGGUUUCGUAAUGCCCACUUCCGAAUCAGCUUACAUAUCCCAAAGUAAACUAGAUGAGCCAGAAUCAAAUAAGGAUAUGGCAGAUAAUUUCUGGUACGAUAGCGAUUUGGAUGACGACGAAAACGGGUCUGCCAUUCUACAAGAUGACGAUUAUGGUGGUGAUGACGGAAAUAGUCAUGUCCCGUUCGAUGAUGACGACGUUUAUAAUUACAAUGACGAGGAUGAUGACGAUGAAAGAAUCGAGUUCGAAGACGAUGACGACGAUGAUGAUGACAGUAUAGAUAACGACAGCGUCAUGGAUAGGAAACAGCCUCACAAGGCCGAGGAUGAAAGCGAAGACGUAGAAGAUGUAGAAAGAGUUUCAAAGAAAAUAUAA